GCUCGCAUCGCAUCGCAGAUCGCCAUUCGCCAACGCCAAAUCCCAUCUUGCAUUGCGAAUGCAAGCUCGUGUCGUGCAAGAUAUAUUUUGUGUUGAGUUAAUUUUACUAAAAUGCCUUUUAUAUCGAAAGACUGGCGUUCACCAGGUGAAGUGUGGGUGAAGACGCAAGAAGGAUGGGAAAAGAAAAAAGUCCUCGAAUGCACUACGCAGCGAUAUGCUGCUUUAACUAACUUUAAUAACACAGAUGAAAAUCAACAAAAGUGGAAUGCAGAGGGUGAGGAUGAUAAAGCUUCUGAAGAUGUUGUAAGGGUUCCUCCACAUUGCCACAUCACCAUUAAAUGUACGCGAGAGAUAGCUGGCUUCAACGGACUAUCGGAAGCGGUUCGUCGCUUGGACUUUUCAUCGGCUGUCCGCGACGUUCGCAGAUUCAACUACAUUUGUGCGCUGUUGGAGUUACUGCUCUGCGGUCAGAGACUCACGCACCUGCCGGGAGCGGCCCAGAAGCUGCUGCUGUCUAUGCUGGAGCAGCUCGCUGAUCAAGUUGCCACGUCGAAACAAAACCUGAACGCCUUACGUGCUCUGGUGGUGGGCCUGUCAGCGGUGCGCGAGGCGGAGAGGCGAGCGUGCUGGGGCCGGCCUCUGGGCUCCCGCGCGCUGUGGGGCCACCACGACCACGCUAUCGCCAGGAUCAACCGUAUUGCUAACAGUAUACGUAUACAAGAGCCUGGACCGGAAGUGGUUCCCAAGUUGCACGACAUGCCUGAGGAGUGCGUCCGGGAGAUAUUGCUGAGGAUAGCGGACCACAGGGAUCUAGAUGCUGCUUCAUCAGCGUGGUCGGUGAUGGCAUCCGUGUGCUCGGAGCAGCGCGUGUGGCGCGAGCUGGUCAGCUUCCACUUCUCCAAGCACCAGGUGGACUCCGUGCACAAGGCUGACGAGGAUCCAGACUGGAAGAAACUCUUCCAUCAGCUCAGGAAGUUGUAUGGACUACGUGAAGACGCGCAGUACGCGGAGACUCUGUCCCUGUGCCGCCAUUGCAAGUGUUUAUUCUGGCGCUCUUUGGGACACCCCUGCAUUGCUGACCAGUGCCCAGAAUACCGCGAGCGUCUGAAGGAAGCGGGCGGGCCGCUGCCUCCUCACCCGGUACCGCCUGCGGCUUUCCUUAAAUUCUUCUCACUUUAAUAUACUAACGUCACGUUUGACAGUUUAUGGUAAAAUACGGUUUAAAUGUAAUUCUUUUGUCGCCUUUAUUGUUACACGUUACAACUAUCCUCUUGAAACUACAUCUAAUAAAAAAAAAUGUUGUAUAUGGACAUCUCUAUUGUUUAAAAAUUAUAUAUAUAUUUUAACGACGAAAAAAUGUAAUUGUAUACCUACGGUAAAAUGACUUUGCUACAUUUUUAGCGCUACUGCACAGAUACGUAUUCCGAUACUAUUUUCCGAACUGAAAAACGUACUAUUAAACCUGGACGACCAAUAUUUGUAUGUACGGAAUUCUUACGUACAGAAUCGAAUCAAAUUGAAUUAAAUGUAUCUAGAACGUUUAUAUAUUUAAAAGAAAGCGAGGAAACAUUCGAAAGUCCGUCCGUCGAUUUUAAAAUAUCGGAACGUGUUCGUAACUAGGCGUGCAUUCAAAACCCCUAAACUAAUUUGAAAAAUGGAAUCGGUAAGCGAAAGUGUUUGGCCUUAAUUUUAUUAUAUUUAGAAAGCCCUUUUUUUCACUAACUUUUUAAACUAAAAAGCUUUUCUAAUAUUUUGCUUAAAUCUUAGUUUUGCAUUGCAUAUAUUGAUUUGUUUGUUCUAAAUGCAUAAUAAAACUAGUCAUACUAUAUGAUUAUUUAUUUGGUUGCGUCAGGGAAUAAACUUAAAGAAAUUCAGGUGAACCGAAAAGGACAUUUACGAAUUAAACCAAAGGCAAACGCCAGUAGUCAUCUGUGUUCCCAAAUGCUGAAAUCUUUUCGAUCCGCGUGAAGUGGGCAAGCGUGCCACAAUAUAGGUUACUACAAUCGCGGGACGAUUCACGGAUAAAUUACAUCGAUCUCGCGGCAAAUUAACAGGAAUAUGCGAAAUCGAUGUACCUGGAUUCUCGUAAUUAUUUGUUCAAUGGAGCUUAACAGUCGCGUGCGGCUACUUAACAGCGUGUGCAUUUUGCCGCCCGACGAUAAGUGUCAUGGCGCAUGGGCUUACAUUACCUGUACCGAAUAGGAUGUUUGGUACAGUGUGGAAAACCAUGUGUCUUAAAAAAAGCUUUGUGAAACGGGCAUUGCCACACCUUCAGAAAUUGGUACACCUGGAAGUGACCAACUGUAUCAUCUGUUGAUCCGAAUUAUUUUGAUAGUAGCCAUCCAUGACUAAGGUAGACAUGUACUGCAAAUAAUUGCGUAUUCUUGGGUUCUCGACGAUUUCUCAAUCGUCUUGAUUCUUAAAUUAUGAAGCAACCCAUUUCUUCUAUUUAGGUAUAUCUUUUUAUGUAUCUUUAUAUGAUUUUUAUAAUAUUUUGUUUGAUAAUAAUGUGAUUAUGACAUGAUUGUUUUUAGAAUAAUAAUUAUAAUGAACUAAAUUUUAUGUGAUCGUUUUGUUUGACUUAAUAUUUAUAAAACAAAUAAAAUCUACCAAAUGUAUUUGUCACUUGGAGGAUUACUUCUUGAUGCUUAUCAAAGCAUAUUUUUUAUGUAGGUAUGCUAAAAUAAUGUGAUGCUUAUAAUUUUUAAAUUAUGUUAGAAAAUUUUAGCUUUUAUUUUUGAAGAAUUUGUUACCAGAAGACCAUGCCAAUUAUAAAACAAAUUAAAUAUAUUUGGCGCUCGCUAAAUUAAAAAGUAAUAAUUUUGCCAGAUUGCAUAACCAGCAAUCUUGCCACUUUCAGGAGUAUCCGCGCCUAUGCGGCUUUGAACACCCAAAUUACGUCAAAGUCAAACAUAUUUAAAUUUUGUACGUAAAUCAUAUUUUGAGGUUAGGCACAACAGUCCAACACCGUUGCUAAACCUGUUUAGUGUUUAGUGGAUUGAGAUAGUUUUAUUGGUAUGGUUUUCGGUUGUUCGUUAAACAUGUUGGAUUAUAAUUAUUACGUAUCUAAGUAUCGACUGAUCCAUUCUUUAUAUUGUAGCUUAUUAAGUAAGCAAAGUACAAUGUGUUCAUAUAAAAGUUAACUCGAUGGCUAUGUUCAAUGUUCAAGUCAUCCUAAAUUAUUACUUAAAAAAUUGUUAGACAUACAUGUUGUUACUUGACAACUACAAAAAGUUUGUGUAGCUUUUAUUACAGUUUAUACUUCUACAUUGUUUAACUUUGCAACUAAUGUGUUGACAUAAUUGUAUUUUAUUUAAGUCUAGGAAUUGGUCUUUUUAGACCUUAGUUUUCGUGCAAUAAUACCUAGGUUUUUUAUGCAGAUAUGUGUAGGGUUGCUAACUUUUACUGGCAGAUAUAAAUUAUUUCGUAUUUCAGAGUUUAAUAUUUUAAAAGCAUUUUGUCACUUCCUUCAACAUCAUGUCUUCACUGCUUUUACAUUAUAUUUUGAUGUAGGUAACUGAUUGUGGCGUUUUUGGGUACCAACCAGCAAGCUUCAUACAGUAAAAAAAAUAUUUAUGUGUGAUAAUUAUGUUAAUGUGUUUGGUUGGCGUAUGUAAAAAGAGAAGAAAGAGAGGGUGCUCUAUUAUUGUUGUAAAUUAUAAUAUACUCAUACACACCUGAAAAACAUUACUCUUCUUUACAAUGCAGUUGGCAAACCGAGGUAUGUGUUAACAAAAGAUUCUUUUAAAAAAUAUUAAAUCACCAGUUUUUCAUAAGAAACUGCAUCAUGAAAUUGAUUUUAAAUGUUUGACAUAUUUAUGUACUUACCAUUUAAGAAGGAAGAUAUUUUAGGAAGCAAAAAUGAGGCCUGUUGUAUUUAUUUUGGGCAUGUGGUAAUUUUUGCUACUCCACACUCUUUUACCAGAACUAAUAGAAAGUGUGUUUGUGACAGCACUCUGUUUUAUUACAUAUUAUACCAUUUCAGUAUUCUGUAUAAAUGUAUUAUGCACAGCAUGAUGAAACCUAGAUAUACCAUUAUUUCAUCUUGUUUUAUUUAAUAUUAACAUGCACAGUAACUGUGUUAUACUCACCUGUAUUUAUUAUUUCAAGUUUUCACUCCAUGUAACCAGAUAAUUAUAUCUAUCGGCUUAUCAGCCUAUUUUUGUUUUGUAUUGCUUAUGAUAUUAUGGUCUUUCACUGUGUGCUUUGUUUAUAUAUAUUAUAUUGAUAUCAAGUAAUAUCUGUAACUUAGCUAGCCUAAUAAUUAAGCCACAAUUCAAUAAUGUAGGUAUUAAAAUACUAUAAAUUUAUAUUUCUAUAAAUCUAAAUACUACAAAGAGAUCAUCACAAUAACUGUAUUCAAUCAAUUAUGACAUACAUGAUCUCUGUAACAUGAAUAUGUUUGGACUGUUCAAUGCAAUAGUGUUAUUAGUGUAGUCACUUAAUAUUAAGUAAGAAUGGAUAAGUACAUUAUAAAAAUGAAAUAUUUUUCAGUAUUUGAAGCAAUUUUAAGGAAGGAAUUGGGUGAAUUUUAUCAAAACAACCAUUUGUGUCACUAAUCAGCACCACAUUUAGAAAUUUAAAGAAAAUAUUAAUAAUUUACUUUGAAUUAUAAAUCUUUUACUACCUUUAGUUGAAUCAAUAAUAUUAUAUAGAAUACAGAUUGAAAGGAGCUGUUAUGUUAUUAAUUAGUGUGUGCCUUACACAAAAGAGUCAUACUUGAGGCCCUAUUUCUUUAGUCUGUGUGUAAAAAAAUCAAUUGAGCACUUAUAUGACACAGGUGUAGUUGAUGUCUUUUUAAGGUAAACUUGGAGUGGUUUUGGUUUUCUUAUCAUAGCUUCAUAAUAUUAUAGACUAAUAGCUGUAGAUAAGUUUUGGUGUUUCUGUAGGUGAAAACUUGAUUAAAUUUCACCCAGAUUCUUAAAGAAUUAAACUUGUCAUCCAUUGUGUAUUAUUGACAAAAAUAUUUUUCUAAAUGUUUAGUUUUAGCUAUGAUUAUAAUUAUUUUUUAAUGUAGAAAUACAUGAGGGCAAAUUUUUAGACACUCAUAUUUUAUCUGUAACUUUUACAACUGACUAUGAGGCCUACAAACUUCUAUGCUUCUGUCCAUUCUACAAUAUAUUUUGCCAAUUAUCUUGUGUAAAAAGUCUGAUAAAUAUAAAAUGUUGAUUGUAGUUGCGUAGUGAAGUUAAAUGUGAUAUUUUAAGAUAACUAUAUGAAUCUUUAUUUGUCAUAGUUGCAUGAUGUGGUGUAACAUGCAGCUUAUAUACUCUUUGUGUUUAGUAAUCUGUGAUUGUGUUAUUUAGAUGUCCUAAUGAAAAUAAAGUUAUUUUCAAUA